AUGCCCGGCGAUUUUGAAAGCAUACCGGAGCAGUCAGCGGGCUCUCAUCAAUUUCGCAAUCCACUGGAAGACUUCACGGGAUCACAUCAAUACAGGACUUCUAUACAUGCUUUGAAUAAUCGUGAUCUGGACUUUCUUGCACAAUCAAGUUCGAAUUCAAAUUCAAUUUCAAGGCAAAAGACGAGAAAUCAUAACGGGUUACAUCUUGAUCAAAACAUACCGGUCGGAAACUUAUUAGACGGUUUCGAGCUGAUAGAAGUAUCAUGCGAUUCAUGCGAGGAGAAAUUAGUCGAUAUUAGUAGCAGUCAUAGUAAGCCAAGUUUAGACCAAAAUCGUAAUGGAGAACAACUUAUUGUCGCUUUACUUCAAAAGAAAAUUACUGGUCUUAAAUUCCACAGAAGUCCAGGAGAAUAUGAAGAACCUAGAGUUAUUGAGAUUCCAGCUGGAACGUUAGUUCGAGGAAUGGCAGAUGACGAUUGGAAAAUGCCCGAGUUAAACGAUUGGUAUUCAAGUAGCAGGCCAAGCCGUCAAGAAGGAAUGGCUACUCCGAUGGAGGAACUUGACUGUAAUCCUACAGUCUGCUCAAUGGUCACCAGAACUGAUGUAAUGCGAAUUACUCAAGAGCAAGCUAUUCAUCUCCUCUCAGUGAAACCUCAUCAUCGUCUGGAUUUGUACCAAAAUAUUGAACGGUUUGGGUUUCUCCUGGACCUAAAAGUUGGUGAUCGAGUACAAGUUGAUGUUGACGACACAAUGCGAAAAGUUCCAGCAAAAGUCUCAUGGAUUGGAGAGAGACCGCAAGAACCGGGAAUCUGGUAUCACGUGGAUUUUGAUACAAAUACCUCUCAGUGGCCUCCUAACAACUCAUAUCCAUCUCAUGACCGAUUGAAUCGUCACUUUGAUACAAAUUGGAAUUUAGACAUGUCUGGAUCGUCAUCGGUGGCCUCUUCGAAUUCACGUCUCUAUUACUCACCGAACCAAAUGCACAUGCCAAUGAAAGGCGGUGGAGUGUCAGCACUCUACGAUAAUAGAAGGUUAGUGCAAUACAACGGAAGUGAAGAAGACUAUCGAAGUACACCGAAGCCAGCUCCACGUGAAAGAAUUAUUCCGGUUACAAGGCAGCAACAAGCAGAAGUUGAACGACCUACCAGGCAAAUGAGACCACCUGAACCGGAUUACAAUUAUUCAAAUCAUCAUCACCACCAUCCACUCCCACCUCCAUCCGUCCCAUCCCGUAUAUCUCAUUCCAGUAUGAGUGCUGGACAGCCAAGUCGAAGUAAAAGUGUACAUACAAUCCAGAGAAAUUCGUUUACGAAAUUGUACCCCGCAGAUCAUAAUGAACCAGUUGAAAGUGAUCAACUGGGUUUCCGAAUCGGUGAUCAAUGUAUUUGGAACAAUAGUGGAACUGAAGAGAGAGGAGUUGUCAAGUAUAUCGGAUUUCUGAAAGGACACAAAACACUUUAUGCUGGUGUGGAAUUUAGAAACAAUAUUGGUGCGGGAACUGGUGUGUUCAACAAAGAACAACUAUUUCAGUCAAGAGAAGGUCAUGCCGGAUUCGUUGAGCUUUGCACUCUAGAAACACCAUCAUCUUCUUCAUCAACUGCUUCAUCCUCUUCUGCACAACAUCGACGUCGGUUGUCUUCAUCUCGAAGUCAACAGAUGCCAGCAGCUUCUGGAACUUCAAUUAGUGUACCAGUGAACGGAAGACAAAAUGUGAAUGGAAAGCAAGCGUCUAUCGAAUCUCUGUCGGAUCCACCACCACCACCGUAUGCUCCACCAUCUCCACCGAGGGCAUCUUCUGCAGCUGCAGCUCAUCAGCAACCACCACCUCUUCCACCAAAACCGAUUGCUCACGUCGAGGACUAUCUGAUUGAAUCGUAUGAUAUUGGUAGUCAUGUCGUUGUUGCACAUCUUGGAGCUCAGAGAAGUGGAACGGUUCGUUGGCUUGGAAAUGAAGUCGAUGAACAGGGAGAACGACUUGUUCGAUCAGCGAUUGUUCAACUGGAAGAUGAUGUUCCAACUGCAUGGAGAAGAAGCACAGAAGCAGCUACGUAUAGUGGGAGUCCUGUGAUCGGAGGUGUUCUCGUACCGGUUCAAGCUCUCAGGCAUAAUCGAGCAGCAUCAUCAUCCAGUGGGCAAUCUCUACCAAUUUCUUCUAAUUAUUCAAUGAAUCAAGUAUCCAACACUGGGCAUCGACGAACAGAAGAGUUUGGAAGUAUGGAUUCUGGUGUUGAAAAACAAAAGUGUGGGCCAGCAAAAGAUAUGCAACAGCUUGUUGGAAGACAAAAGGGUAUUCAAGGAUACUGUAAUUCGUGCUAUCUGGAUGCAACUCUUUACGCCAUGUUCGUCCAAACCACUUUCUUUGAUUUCCUACUCGAAAAAUCGAUCAAGGGAUCGGAAAAGGCUGCUCAAUUCCAGAAGAUUUUGGCUCAUGAAAUCGUGUUUCCACUUCGAAAAGUGCAUUACGUACGAGCCGAUCAUGUAAUGAAACUCCGUAAAUUGCUUGCUGAGCUGAUGCCACAUGUAACUGGAUUAACGAAUGAAGAGAAAGAUCCGGAAGAAAUCCUUGGUUUUAUUUUCUCAGAGGUCUUCCAUGCGGAACCAUUUAUAAAAUUGAUCGGCCAAAACCACGUGAAAGACUCUCAAUAUCUGGUACCAAUCGUGGUCGAUGAUUGGCAAGGAGGUGCUGCAACCUCUCAACAUUUACUGGAAAGACAUAUGAGAUCUGCUCAAGUCACAUUCGCGAAACCACCACCUGUGUUGAUUAUGCAACUUCCGAGAUACGGGCAACAAAAGGUUUUCGAUAAGAUUCUUCCACUCGAAACCAUCGAUAUCACACCGUUUGUUGCUGGAGCUGUUCCUGCGUGUACAAUUUGCGGAGCAUGUUCGGAAGUGUUUUGUCCAACAUGCUUCCUCACUCGAAGAGUAUUUUAUUCGGAAAUUAUCUUCUGUCGGAAAUGUUUCCAUCAUUCUCAUCUUUUGCCAGAAAUCCAAGAUCAUCAAAGUCGCGACUUGUUCCCACCAGCCAAACCAAUCAAGAAACCUCACUCUCAUAAAAUGGUUCUAUCUGCAGUACUUUGCAUUGAAACAUCGCAUUAUGUGGCUUAUGUACGUUCUGCUUCGAACCAAUGGAUGUUCUUCGAUUCGAUGGCUGAUAGAGAAGGACUAUCGGAUGGAUUCAAUGUGCCAGUUGUAAGAGAGUGCGGAAAUAUGUCUGAUUGGUUAUCACUACAAGGAUGGAAUCGGUUGAAGGAUGCUGAUGAAACUGGACAAAUAAAGGCAAUGUUCGGGAAGACAGUGUUAGAUCCACUUGUUGGACGUCUUCUAUCGGACAGCUACAUUUGCUUCUACGAAGACGCUUCUCAAGCAUCAUCUUCCUCUUCGUCUUCAACUCUUAUUAACACAUUCAAAAAUAUGAUGAACUAG